AUGGCGGCCAUGGAGGAGCUGGAGAUCCACAGCAAGUCCUACUUUGUCCGCUGGGUAUCGGUCAAGCCCGCCCACACCAUCUCCUGGAGUAUCCAACCGCACAAGAAGUCCAUCAACUUUGGCAUCUUCAAACAUCCCGGCCAUUCGGCCGUUCUGGGCUCCAACACCAACUUACCAGCCACCGAUUCCCCCAAUGCCGAUUCCAACGAGAACCUGCCAGCGACCGCUAGCGCUGCGGCCUCGCGACCCAAUGCCUCCGUCAUUGAGAAGCUGACAGGAAUUGGCCUCAAGCAGAUCCAAUGGAUCGGCAAAUGCGAGGCUGAACGCAUCUUCCGCGGUACCUACGACGUACCCGCCAAUGAAGGCGGGAAUUACGCCCUGGUCUUUGACAAUACCUUCUCCAAGCAACUCUCCAAAACCGUCACUCUCGCCCUGCUCACCUACCCAACCGCCCUCCCACCGCAGUCGGUCCCCGUCCCUCAUGCCUCCAGCCAUCCCAUACGCUCCGAUACCGCUGAAUCCGGAAAGACCCUGGCUGGCCGCCGACGGGGCAACAGCGUCGCUCAGCCGCCGCCUCUCGCCAGCGACCCGGACUCUCUCAAUACCUAUACGGGCGUGCUUCAGAAGCGACGGCGGAAGCGCCAUCAGGGCUGGGCGCGUCGCUUCUUCUCCCUCGACUACACCUCGUCGACCUUGUCUUACUACCACGAUCGCAACUCUGCCGCGCUUCGCGGGUCCAUCCCCUUGUCGCUAGCCGCGGUUGCGUGCAACGAGAAGUCGCGCGAGAUUUCCAUCGACUCCGGCACCGAAGUCUGGCACCUUCGCGCCAACAAUGACCAGGAAUUCAUCGCUUGGAAGCGGGCGCUGGAGCGGGCCUCCGCCCCGUCUUCCAAGACUCCUGCCACCGCUACCGACGACACCACCCUGCCGUCCGAACCCCUGUUACGCGUGCCCUCCCAACGUGUCGUCCCGAACGCCGUUGAGGAACGGGAAUGGGAACGAGUCGAGAGCCUCGUGAGCAAGGUAUCCGGGUCGCGCGAUGCUGUCCGGCGCCUGGCCAAGGACACCGAUCCCAAGUACCUGGGCGGCAAUGUCGCGGAGAAACCGUGCGGUCGCUCGCCCAGCCCGCAUCGCACGCCCACGGAUCUGAAUGGAGACGAGUCUGGGGACGCCAAACGCCCGUUCUGGAAGCGCAAGAAUAGUACGGCCACGCAGCCCGGCGUCAAGCGCACCACCACCAUGGCCUCCAUGUCUUCGCAGCUGGCCGUUCCGGGCGCUUUUGAGACUGCGUCUCUGGCGGGCGAUCGCAAGCCCAGCAGCAUCGCCAGCCCCCCGGAUCCCAUGGAGGAGGUCCAUGAACAUCUCAUGGCCGUGUUGCGUGACCUGGACCAGGUCGUCAGCGAGUUCUCAACCCUCAUCUCCGAAAGCAAGCAGCGACGACACCCUCCGGGCGCGACCGUGCAGGUGCGGCGCAGCUUCGAGUCCGACGUGUCCCAGGAAUUUUUCGAUGCAGAUGACGGCAAUGCGCUUCUCACAAUCAAGGGCGACAGCGAGGACGAGGCAGCGGCCGACAACGCCUCCGACCACACCGUAUGGGACUCGAAACCCAAGGCAGAAGAAGAACCUAUGGCCGACGAUGCUCCCUCUGACAGUGAGGAUGAGGCUGACGAGACGCCUGCUGGACACGAUCAAUUCUCGCCGCUCUUCCCCGGCCGACCCAAAACGCUCACGCCGCUCCCACUCAGUCCCGUGAAGCGUCGUGCCAACAUCACGGCGCCGACGGUCAUGCCGCCCAGUCUGAUUGGCUUCCUCCGUAAGAACGUUGGCAAGGACCUGUCGCAAAUCUCCAUGCCCGUUUCCUCCAACGAGCCCCUGUCGCUGCUCCAGCGCGCCGCCGAAGUUCUGGAGUACUCCACUCUGCUCGACCGCGCCGCCAGCGCCUCCGACCCCGUUGAACGCCUCAUGUACGUGACCGCAUUUGCCCUUUCUCCCAUCUCCAGCAACCGGAUCCGUGAGCGCGCCAUUCGCAAACCGUUCAACCCCAUGCUCGGCGAGACCUACGAGCUCGUCCGUGAAGACCUUGGCUUCCGGUUUAUCGCCGAGAAGGUUUCGCAUCGCCCUGUCCAGCUUGCCUACCAAGCCGACAGCAAAGACUGGAGCCUCACGCAAUCCCCCAUGCCGACGCAGAAAUUCUGGGGUAAAUCCGCCGAAAUUAUCACCGAAGGCAAGAUGCGCCUGACCCUCCACACCACCGGCGAACAUUUCAGCUGGUCCCAGGCCACCUCGUUCCUACGCAACAUCAUCGCCGGCGAGAAAUACGUCGAACCCGUCGGCGAAAUGGUCGUGAUGAACGAAACCACCGGCCACCGCUCCCUCACCACCUUCAAAGCCGGCGGCAUGUUCUCCGGCCGCAGCGAAGAAGUCACCACCAAAUCCACGGACCCCUCCGGCCGUGACCUGCCCCUCGGUCUCACCGGCACCUGGACCUCCUCCCUCGACCUCACUAAGAACGGCAACCCUUCGGGAACCAUCUGGAGUGCCGGACCCCUGGUCCCCAACGCGCCCAAACACUACGGUCUCACAGCCUUCGCGGCGACCUUGAACGAGGUCACCUCUAUCGAGGACGGCAAACUCCCCGUCACCGACUCACGACUCCGUCCGGACCAGCGCGCCCUCGAAGACGGCGACGUCGACCAAGCCGAAGCAGUCAAGGUCCAGUUGGAAGAAGGCCAACGCGCGCGUCGUCGCGAGAUGGAAGCCGCAGGCGAGUCCUGGACACCGCGAUGGUUCACACCCGUAGAUGACGCAUCGGGAGAUGCAUCCGUGUGGCGACUGAAGUCUGGGAAGGAUGGAUACUGGGAGGAACGGAGUAAGGCCGCCUGGACGGGCGUGGUGCCGGUUUUUACGAAGUAA